UCCUUAGGGGAAAGCGCACAAAUCACUCCCAUUUUAACAGGAGGGAAAACACGGGAUCUUCAUCCACAAGGGUCCACCUUUCUUUCUAGCAUCCCAUUUCUCAUUCAUUUCUUUUAAGGAGAGAAAGAUCUGUGGUGAAAAAAAAGAAAAAAAAAACUUGUCACUGGAUGAUGAUGACACUUGAUCUAGCAGUCUGAAAGCUGUAGUUGAUCAUAUUGUUUCGUAAACUGACAUUAGAUCUGUUUAUUAAGACUUUUUCUUAAAACAGAAGGGACAGCAGCCAACCCUCAAGUAUUGUUUUUCUGAUUUGCAGUCAUUUCUUCUUUUUUUUUCCCCUGCUGAUUGUUCCUAUCUACAAGCUUGGAUUCUGACAGCGUGCUCCCUCUCUCCUGAUAUUUUUUCUUUUUUAUAUACACGUUACAUCAUUCGUUGGUGAUUUGAAGAAUCAAGGUCGGGAAAAGAAAAGGUUGUUUUCAUGUUUGGGAUUCAAGAAAACAUUCAAAGGAGUGGGAGCAGCAUGAAAGAAGAACCCAUCGGGACGGGGAUGAAUGCAGUCCGAACAUGGAUGCAGGGAGCCGGGGUACUGGAUGCAAACACAGCCGCUCAAAGUGGAGUGGGUCUAGCCCGGGCUCACUUCGAAAAACAGCCGCCUUCCAACCUGAGGAAAUCCAACUUUUUCCACUUCGUGUUGGCCCUGUACGACAGACAAGGACAGCCAGUAGAGAUUGAAAGGACUACUUUCUUGGGAUUUGUAGAAAAGGAAAAAGAAUCUAGUGGUGAAAAAACUAAUAAUGGAAUACAUUACAGGCUACAGCUCCUCUACAGCAAUGGUAUUAGAACGGAGCAGGACUUCUACGUGAGGCUGAUUGAUUCCAUGACCAAACAGGCUAUUAUUUAUGAAGGACAAGACAAAAACCCUGAAAUGUGCCGAGUUUUACUGACACACGAAAUAAUGUGCAGCCGAUGCUGCGACAAGAAGAGCUGUGGCAACCGGAACGAGACGCCAUCGGACCCUGUGAUAAUUGACAGGUUCUUCUUGAAGUUCUUUUUGAAAUGCAACCAGAAUUGCCUAAAGAAUGCUGGGAACCCUAGGGACAUGCGCAGGUUCCAGGUUGUUGUUUCCACAACAGUAAACGUGGACGGCCAUGUCCUCGCAGUCUCAGACAACAUGUUUGUGCACAACAACUCAAAGCAUGGGCGGAGGGCUCGGAGGCUCGAUCCCUCUGAAGGUACGCCCUCUUAUCUGGAACAUGCCACACCAUGCAUCAAAGCCAUCAGCCCCAGCGAAGGAUGGACUACAGGAGGGGCCACAGUCAUCAUAAUUGGAGAUAAUUUCUUUGACGGCUUGCAAGUCAUAUUCGGUACCAUGCUGGUCUGGAGUGAGCUCAUCACUCCCCAUGCGAUUCGAGUGCAAACCCCGCCGAGGCACAUCCCCGGGGUGGUGGAAGUCACACUGUCCUACAAAUCCAAGCAGUUCUGCAAGGGGACCCCCGGGAGGUUCAUCUACACAGCUUUGAAUGAACCAACCAUUGACUACGGCUUCCAGAGGUUACAAAAGGUCAUCCCUAGACAUCCGGGUGACCCUGAGCGUUUACCAAAGGAGGUUAUACUGAAAAGAGCUGCAGAUUUAGUCGAAGCUCUGUAUGGCAUGCCACAUAAUAAUCAGGAAAUCAUCCUGAAGCGGGCAGCGGACAUUGCAGAAGCCCUCUACAAUGUCCCUCGGAACCACAACCAGCUCCCAGCCCUCAGCAACACAUCUGUGCACGCGGGGAUGAUGGGAGUGAAUUCCUUCAGUGGCCAGCUAGCCGUCAACGUGUCAGAGUCUACCAAUCAGGGUUUCACUCGGAACACGAGCAGCGUAUCACCUCAUGGGUAUGUGCCAAGCCCCACACCUCAGCAGACGAACUAUAACUCAGUGACAACAGGUAUGAAUGGAUACGGCAACACUGGGAUGUCAAACCUGGGAGGAUCGCCAAGCUUUCUCAAUGGAUCAGCUGCCAACUCACCCUAUGCCAUUGUGCCAUCCAGUCCUACCAUGGCCUCCUCAACCAGUCUGCCCUCCAACUGCAGUAGCUCCUCCGGGAUAUUCUCAUUCUCACCUGCCAACAUGGUGUCUGCUGUGAAACAGAAGAGCGCCUUCGCCCCAGUGGUGAGGCCGCAGACCUCGCCGCCGCCCACUUGCAGCAGCGCCAACGGCAACAGCCUGCAAGAUCAGUCUUUUGUGGACUCUAGCAAGUACUCCACUGCAGGCUCACUUCAGGGCCUGGCCUUCUCCUGAACUAUACCUGGAAUGAUUGUUCCUCCAAUGUAGAAGAUGAAGCUACGACCGGGAUAGAAAACAACUUUGAAGACGAUUUUUUUUUUUUGUAACUCCAGAAGGAGGUUGACCGCAGGUCCCAGCGAGGAGCAGAACUUAUAACUCAGGCCUUUUUAAAAAGGAAUCACAUUUAAAAAAAAAAAAAAAAGAAAAAGAUUAAAAAAAAGAUUGCAGCAGCUUUUAAAUCUCUAAACCUUGUGAACACCGCUGAGGCACGGAACAGGCAAAGUGUUGUUUGAAUAUUGUAAGAAAUAUUUAUUCUUUGUUGUGGAAAAUAUCUGCUUUUCCAAUUUGUUUUUCAUUUCAGCGAACAAUCAUAUGCCUUUUAUAAAUUGUAAUGCACACAAGGGGCGCUAUAUCAGAGUUUUGUGUUUUUAUUUAUAAUGUUUAUAAAACUGUGUGUGUGAAGAGAGCAACUGAUUAGAUAUGAUAGAAGGAAAGGGUAGCAAAAGAAUUAGCAUAGGGUAGAAAACUUAGGGCCUCUAAAUCAAUUUUUUUAAAAUUGAGAAGUAAGGGUCAACUGGUAAAUGUUGUUAAAUAAAUAAAUAGUUUAACAUUUGCAUUAACCUGGUUGAAAAUAUCACCUUGAAAGGGAUAUAUUUGUGUCUGCUGAUAGCUCUCCAGUAGUUUUAAGACAGAAUCAAGCAUAAAUAGAAAACUCUUUUAAAAGAAUAUAUUUUAAACUUCUUUGAGAAAACAUUAGCUGCUAUGCAAUGCAAGGAUAUCAGUCAUGCAUUGAGAUAGUGGUUGCAACAUUUUUUUUUUCCUUUCAUAAUAUAAAGGUAUCAUUUUAUAUUUUUUUAACGGCAGAUUCAAAUUGUUUGCUUACUUUUCUGUCUAAGUGACUGACAGCUUGGGUUGCCCCUA